AUGGCCAACCUCGGCUACGCGCAAGCCGCGGUAUCGACCGCAUUCCGCGCAGUUGCCUAUGUCUUCCUCGAAGUGAUCCCCCAUUCUGCAGCAAAAUACGUGCUCUCGGUCUUGUAUGUAGCUUACCUUGUGUUGUACUCCCUCCAACCACCACCCGCCCUCGAGCCAACGACGAAAGAGGAACAUUCGAACGGCGAGGCCAAGGUCCCCUUCCCCACCGAGGACACAACCAAAGAACUCGUAGAAACGAAGACAGAGUCUGAAGACUCGAAGCCCUUGCCCUCGAUCCCCACCCCUGCUGAAGAGUCUAGCAGCCUCACUGCCCUGUUGUUGUCUCUGCCUACCCCGUCACGCCCGCUACGACUAGCGAACCUCUUUAUCAACACCCUGCUCGCCGCCGCCGCACUAGAGUUCAUCACAUACCCGUACUUUGACGACGCUGCAGGCGUGGUCUACACCCGCGUCGGCGCGGUAUACCCGGAUGCUGCCAAAAUUGUCGUCCGCUACCCCGGACUUGUCGGGUUCAACCAGACGAACGCCACUGUGCAGCUUGCCUGGAGGCAGGUGCCGAAAUCGGGAGCGGUCGAGUCGGACGUGUGGAAGGAUGGUCCUUCUGCGCUCCUUAGUGAAGAGCUGGACUGGGUGAACACUGUCAAGUUGUCGAGUCUGUGGCCGAGCACUACCUAUGAAUACACGCUUCGCGACGCCAACAAGACCCAGCUCCCCUACCCCUCGUCACCCAUUCGCUUCCGCACCUUCCCGGACCCUUACCUCAACAGCGGCGUCAACUUCCGCUUCUUGGCCUCAUCUUGCAUCGUGCCCAACUUCCCCUACACCCCGCUCCAGGGCCGCACAAUUAAAGGCUUCGACCUGCUAGCGGACUACCUCUGGCCGAAGAACACGCCCGGCAAGUUCACGAUGCCGCCUCCUAGCACGAGCACGCCCACGCCUGCAGAGACGGAGUCUGCCGACGAGAGUGCCGCUGGGACGUCGGCGUUGGAUCAGCCGGAGCCCACCGCUGCACCUGUGUUCUCAGUGAAUGCUCAGACGGUGGAGCCGGUGGCUAGCAAGGCGCCGACGGAGUUCAUGAUCUUUAUGGGCGACUUCAUCUAUGCGGAUGUGCCGAUCUACUAUGGAGACGAUAAGGAGGCGUACCGUCGUUUAUACAGAAGGAACUAUCAGAGCCCCAGCUUUAGAAAGGUUUACGAACGGCUUCCGUUCAUUCACACUUACGACGACCACGAGAUCAUCAACAACUACGCUGGGCAUUCCAAUGACUCUUCCCCACCAUUUGCGAACGCGAACGACGCCUUCGCGCUGUACAACGCUCAAGGCAACUACGAUUCUUCCCAGCAGGGCGAGCACUACUAUGACUUCCGCCAUGGCGACGUAGCGUUCUUCGUCAUGGACACGCGGAGGCACAGGUCCAUCAUUGAGGAAACCGACGAGCCCAGCAGGACCAUGCUCGGGGAACAGCAGUUGACGGCGCUGUACGACUGGCUCGGAAGGGUCAACAACACCGCGACGUUCAAGUUCAUCGUCAGUUCCGUGCCAUUUACCGGCCUCUGGACGUACGAAGGGGAGUACGAGACCUGGAACGGCUUCCAAUAUGAGAAGGCGUCGCUCCUCAACGCGUUGCACACCGUUCCGAACGUCAUCCUCCUCUCCGGUGACAGACACGAGUUCGCCGCCAUCGAGUUCCCGAGCGCGAACCCCGCGCGGACGGUGUACGAGAUUUCGACGAGCCCGCUGAGCAUGUUCUACAUACCGCUGAUCAGGACGCUCAAGAAGCAGAGCGAGGAUGUAAUCAAUAGGACGAAGGAGGUUGUGAAUGUGCUUGAAGAUGGAACCACGGAGACGGUGAUCGUGACGGAGGAGGUGCCGCAGGAAAAGGUCUUGAAGUAUAUUGCCGACGGGAACUACAAAUGGUCCUCAAUUGAGGUUGACACCAGGGACCGACAGAACCCUGUGGCCAACAUAGACAUCAUCAUUGAUGGAAAGAAUGCCUAUUCGUUGACCAUUCGCGGAGAACCCGUGAAACUGUCGCCCUCGAUGGCAUUGGGCGCAUAUGUGCCUCAAAGUUUCAAGGGAGUGCUUGGAAAGAUCGGGCUAAACCCUAGCAGUUGGUUCUGA